GAAAAUUUCUUCUCUAAAAAAAAAAUGUCUUGCCAAACUUUGUCUAAUAAAUUUUUAGAAGAUAUUAACAACCUUUAUGAUAUAACUGAUGAUUAUAAUGUAAAAAUACAAGUUGGAAAAGAUUCCGAAAUGGAAAUUUUCCAAGCCCAUUCAGUUAUAUUGCGUGCUAGGUCAAAAUAUUUUCAUUCUGCAUUUUCUUCAAAUUUGGUUAAAAAAGAAGGAGAUUUUUAUAUCUUUAAGAAACCAAAUGUGACCUCAAUUGUAUUUAAAAUUAUAUUAAAAUACAUUUAUACUGGAACAAUUUUAGGUAAUAUAGAAAAUAAUAUUAUUGAAUUGCUUCUUGUAGCGAAUGAAAUGGAACUUCAUGAGCUUGUUGAAUACCUUCAACAAUGUAUAAUUAAUUUUAAUAAUGAUUGGAUUGAGCUAAAUGGCGUAAAACUCUAUGAUUUUAUUUCCCACCAUAAGGAUGUUUUUCCUAAGCUUCAAGAAUUAUGUAAUAAUAUUAUGAGUCAAAAACCAAAAUUAUUGAUUGAUUCUAAUGAAUUUUGGGGGCUAGAUGAUGAAGCCUUACUUUCAAUGAUUCAACUUGAUUAUCUAGAAAUGAAAGAAGUAGAAAUUUGGGAUAAUUUAAUAAAAUGGGGUAUUGCAAAGAAUUCAACUCUUAAUUCUGAUAUGAAAACUUGGAGUGUUAAAGAAUAUGACAUCUUGAAGGAAACUAUAUCAAAAUUUAUUCAACAUAUUCGAUUUUUUCAAAUGACAUCUCAAGAAUAUUACUGUAAAGUCCGUCCUUUAAGUAAAUUGCUACCUAAAGAACUUGAAGAAGAUCUCCUAUCACAUUAUAUUGUUCCAGAAUACAAAUUGGCUACAAAAGUUCUUCUACCUAGAAAAACUCAAAAUGAUAAAAUAUUUGAUUCAACUAUCCUUACAAGAAAAUAUUUUAAUCUUAUUUCAUAUUGGAUUGAUAAUGGACAAGAAAAAUUACCAAAAUUUACUGAAAGUGUUUGAUAUAAAUAUAAUUUACUUUUGCGUGGAAGUAGAGAUGGGUUUGAACCAAAAGAUUUUAAUUCAAAAUGUAAUAAUAAAGGAGCUACAAUUGUUAUAAUUAAAUUAAAAGAUUCGAACAAAAUUAUUGGAGGAUAUAAUCCAAUAAUAUGGAGUAAAAAUGGUAGUUUUCGUUAUUCAGAUAAAAGUUUUAUUUUUUCAUUUUAUUUAGAUACAUUAGAUUUAAAUACAAUUGUGUUGAGCAGAGUUGUUGAAUACAACCGAGCAAUUUGGGAUAGUGAUGAUAAUAACCAUGGAUUUGGAUAUGGAGAUUUAUAUAUAUUUAGAAAAAGCUGUAAAUUAACACAUUAUUCCGCUAAAAUUCUUGAUUCGGAUCAUUUUGAAAUUGAUGAUUAUGAAGUGUUUCAAGUCAUAGAAAAAUAAUGAUAAUA